UUGAUGCAUCGCUCCAACGCCUCCCAUCAAUUCCUCUGAAGAAGACUUCCGGUGGUUUUAAUGGCGGUGGCAUGGUGAAUCCCACGGAAAGAGAAAAAAAUUGCCCCCUUCGUCCUCUCCCAUCGAUUCAGGACAGAUUUAUAUGCGAAUUUGACUUUGACAGAUUCAGCCUCGUACCGUGGAUUUAGCAGUACAAGCAUCGCGGUGUCUCUCCCCUCGGCCAUGGCGGCUCACAAACCAGUGGAAUGGGUCCAGGCCGUGAUUACUAGAUUUGAUGAGCAGCUUCCCAUCAAAGUUGGACACCAGAACACUCACACGAAAAUCAGCACGGAGCACAACAAAGAGUGUCUGAUCAACAUCUCAAAAUACAAGUUUUCACUCGUCAUUAGUGGCCUCACGACCAUCCUCAAAAAUGUCAAUAACAUGCGUAUAUUUGGGGAAGCAUCUGAGAAAAACCUCUACCUCUCACAGCUCAUCAUUCUGGACACAUUGGAGAAGUGCCUGGCUGGGCAAUCCAAAGACUGCCUGCGCCUGGAUGAGACCAUGCUGGUCAAACAGCUUUUGCCCGAGAUCUGCCAUUUUAUCCACACUUACCGUGAGGGCCAUCAGCAUGUAGCUGAACUCCGGACCUCUGCCUCAGCUGUUCUCUUUUCUCUUAGCUGCAACAACUUCAAUGCUGUUUUCAGCCGCAUUUCCACCAGGCUUCAGGAGCUGACGGUGUGCUUGGAGGACAAUGUGGAUGUUCAUGACAUAGAGCUGAUGCAGUACAUCAAUGUAGACUCCUCCAAGCUGAAGAAGCUACUACAAGAAACUGUUCUCAAGUUUAAAGCACUUAAAAAGCCUGCACAACUGGCAGUCAUCAACAGUUUAGAAAAGGCAUUUUGGAACUGGGUAGAGAAUUAUCCAGAUGAAUUCACCAUGCUCUACCAACGUCCUCAAGCAGAUAUGGCAGAAGCUGCCGAGAAACUGUUUGACCUGGUGGACAACUUUGCAGAGAGUGCCAAGAGGAAGGCUGCAGUGUGGCCACUUCAGAUCAUCCUCCUCAUCCUCUGCCCAGAGAUCACACACACCAUCUCUAAAGACACAGUGGAGGAUAGCAAGGCAAACAAGAAACUGUUCUUGGACAGUCUACGGAAAGCUUUAGCCGGUCAGGGUGGUAGCAAGCAGCUGAUGGAGAGUGCUGCUAUUGCUUGUGUCAAACUAUGUAAAGCCUCCACUUACAUUAACUGGGAGGAUCACUCAACCAUUUUUCUUCUGGUCCAGUCGAUUGUCAUAGAUCUCAAGGCUUUGCUGUUCAACCCAGCUAAGCCCUUCUGGCGGGGGGCAGGCAGCCAGAAUGCGGACGUUGAGCUGAUGAUGGACUGUUUUGUCUCCUGUUUCCGCAUCAAUCCUCACAACAACCAGCACUUUAAGGUCUGUUUAACCUCUUCUUCGCCCUCUACCUUCCACUUUGUCCUGGUCAACUCCUUGCACAGAAUAAUCACUAAUUCUCAUCUGGACUGGUGGCCCAAGAUCGAUGCUGUCUAUUGCUACUCUGGGGAGCUCCGUUUUAUGUUCUCAGACACCCUCAACCGGGUCAUCCAAGGCGUUGGCACCCAUGCUCCUCUACGAAUGACGCCAAGUCUGACUUUCAAAGGGAAGAUGACAACGAGCCUUAAGUUCAAAGAGAAAGCCACAGAUCUGGACACUCGAAGUUACAAGUGCCUCCUCCUUGCUCUAGUCAAGCUCAUCCAUGCUGACCCCAAGCUCAUGUUGCAUAACCCAGUGAAGCAAGCUCCAGAGAGCACCACAGCUGAGCUCAUCAUUGGCCUCGUGCAACUUGUGCCUCUGACCAACACCACACAGCUCUCACAGGAAGCCAUGGAGGCUCUUUUAGUGCUGCACCAGCCAGAGACCAUUGAGCAGUGGAAUCCUGAUGCCCCUAUCGAGACUUUCUGGGAUAUCAGUUCACAGGUGCUGUUUCUCAUCUGUCGCAAGCUGAUCGGCCAGCAGAUGGUCAAUGGGACUGAAGUUCUUAAGUGGCUGAGAGAGAUCCUAAUUUGCAGGAAUAAGUUUCUCCUCAAGAACAAGGAGUGUGCCACCAUGGGUGGAGGUAUCCCUAUCUGCAGGCAGGCACAGACCAAGCUUGAAGUAUGUCUUUACAUGUUCCUGUGGAGUCCGGACACAGAGGCAGUGUUAGUUGCCAUGUCAUGUUUCCGCCACCUCUGUGAGGAGGCCGACAUCCGCAGUGCUGCUGACGAGGUGUCCGUCCAAACCAUCCUGCCCAACUAUGCCACUUUCAGUGAACUUGCGUCCAUCAGCAACAUGAUGGGAACAGGUCGGUCCACACUGCAAAAGCGAGUAAUGGCCCUGCUUAGGAGGAUUGAGCAUCCCACACCAGGCAACAUUGAGGCUUGGGAGGACACGUGUGCAAAAUGGGACCAGGCAACAAAACAGAUUCUCAAUUUUCCCAAAAACAAGGCAGAUGAUGGGCAGCAGGAGUGGAUCAACAUGACAGGCUUCCUCUGUGCCCUGGGUGGUGUGUGUCUCCAGCAACGCAGCACCCCUGGUCCAGCCACCUAUAGCCCACCUAUGAGCUCUAUGAGUGAACGCAAGCACUCAAUGAUCUCCAUGGGCCCGUGUGAGAUCUCCAACCCUUUGGCUUCAGCCUCCUGCUCCUCAUCAGCCUCCAGUGAGACACCGGUCAGCCGCUUUCUAGACAGGCUACUGGCCUUGUUGGUGUGUGGCCAUGACAGAGUCGGCCUCCAUGUCCGUACCAAUGUCAAAGACUUGCUUGGGCUGGAGCUUAGCCCUGCCCUUUACCCCAUGCUCUUCAACAAGCUGCGGAACAGCAUUGGCAAAUUUUUUGAGACACAGGGUCCGGUUCCUAUCAAUGACACAAACACGCAAUUUGUGGAGCAGACUAUUGCGAUCAUGAAGAACCUGCUCGAUAACCACACAGAGGGCAGUUCUGAACACCUGGGACAGGCUAGCAUUGAGACCAUGAUGCUCAACCUGGUCAGGUAUGUACGCAUUCUUGGCAACAUGGUCCAUGCUAUCCAAAUCAAAACCAAGUUGUGCCAGCUGGUUGAAGUCAUGAUGGAGAGGCGUGAUGACCUUUCUUUUUGCCAGGAGAUGAAGUUCAGGAACAAGAUGGUCGAAUACCUGACAGACUGGGUGAUGGGAACCUCCAAUCAAGCAGCUGAUGAUGACAUCAAGUGUUUGACGAGGGACCUCGACCAAGCCAGUAUGGAGGCAGUUGUGUCUCUGCUUGCUGGUCUUCCUCUGCAACCUGAGGAGGGAGAUGGGGUGGAGCUGAUGGAGGCCAAAUCCCAGCUCUUUCUCAAGUACUUCACCCUGUUCAUGAAUCUGCUAAAUGAUUGCAGUGAGGUAGAGGAUGAGGGCCAGGCAGUGGGGGGUUGCAAGAGGGGGAUGUCACGACGCCUCGCCUCACUUCGCCACUGUACUGUCCUGGCCAUGUCCAACCUCCUCAAUGCUAAUGUAGACAGCGGCCUGAUGCAUUCUAUUGGUCUGGGUUACCAUAAAGAUCUACAAACUCGAGCCACAUUCAUGGAAGUGCUGACCAAGAUCUUGCAGCAGGGAACUGAGUUUGACACACUGGCUGAGACGGUGUUGGCUGACCGCUUUGAGAGGCUGGUCGAACUGGUCACUAUGAUGGGAGACCAGGGAGAACUGCCUAUUGCCAUGGCGCUGGCUAAUGUUGUUCCAGGGUCGCAGUGGGAUGAGCUUGCCCGGGUCCUGGUGACGUUGUUCGACUCUCGUCACCUCCUUUACCAGCUGCUGUGGAACAUGUUCUCCAAAGAGGUGGAGCUUGCUGACUCAAUGCAGACCCUCUUCAGAGGAAACAGCUUGGCCAGCAAAAUAAUGACCUUUUGCUUCAAGGUCUAUGGAGCAGCAUACCUGCAGAAGCUACUGGAUCCUUUAUUAAAAGGGGUCAUCACUACCCCAGAUCACAUCAGUUUUGAGGUGGACCCCACAAGACUGGAACAAGGUGAAAACUUGGAAGAAAACCAGAGAAACCUGUUGCAGAUCACUGAACGCUUCUUCCAUGCCAUCACUGGCUCAUCCAGCGAGUUCCCUCCACAGCUUCGCAGCGUCUGCCACUGCCUCUACCAGGCUACUUGCCACUCUCUACUGAAUAAGGCAACUGUAAAAGAAAAAAAGGAAAACAAAAAAGCAGUUGUGAGUCAGAGGUUCCCACAGAACAGUAUUGGUGCAGUGGGCAGUGCUAUGUUUCUCCGUUUUGUCAAUCCGGCUAUUGUAUCCCCCUAUGAGGCUGGAAUCUUGGAGAAAAAACCCUUGCCGAGGAUAGAACGAGGUCUAAAACUCAUGUCCAAGAUUUUGCAAAGCAUCGCCAACCAUGUCUUGUUUACGAAGGAAGAGCACAUGAGGCCUUUCAAUGAUUUUGUGAAGAGCAACUUUGAUUCAGCUCGAAGUUUUUUCUUGGACAUAGCAUCGGACUCUCCGCCUAGUGACUCUGUAAACCACAGUCUGUCCUUCAUCAGUGAUGGCAAUGUGCUAGCCCUCCAUCGACUAUUAUGGAACAACCAGGAGAGGAUUGGCCAGUACCUCUCCAGCAACAGAGACCAUAAGGCUGUGGGCAGGCGUCCUUUUGACAAAAUGGCAACCUUGCUGGCCUACCUUGGGCCUCCUGAACACAAACCCGUGGCUGACACUCACUGGUCCAGCCUCAACCUGACCAGUUCUAAAUUUGAGGAAUUCAUGACCAGACACCAAGUACACGAGAAAGAGGAGUUUAAAGCCUUGAAGACCCUCAACAUUUUCUACCAGGCAGGGACAUCAAAGACUGGCAAUCCAGUGUUCUACUAUGUGGCUCGCAGAUUCAAAACUGGCCAGAUAAACGGAGACCUGCUUAUCUACCAUGUACUCCUCACCCUGAAACCGUACUACGCCAAGCCCUAUGAGAUUGUGGUGGACUUGACUCACGUGGGCCCCAGCAACCGCUUCAAGACUGACUUUUUGUCUAAGUGGUUUGUGGUCUUUCCCGGUUUUGCCUAUGAGAACGUGGCGGCUGUCUAUGUCUACAACUGCAAUACUUGGGUGAGAGAGUACACUAAAUACCACGAGCGGCUACUCACUGGCCUGAAGGGAAGCAAGCGGCUCCAGUUCAUCGACUCUCCGGCUAAGCUUGCUGAGCACAUAGAACCUGACCAACAGAAGCUACCCGCUGCAACACUGACUCUAGAGGAAGAUCUCAAAGUGUUCCAUAAUGCCCUGAAACUGGCUCACAAAGACACCAAGGUCUCAAUAAAGGUCGGCUCAACAGCAGUGCAGGUGACCUCAGCUGAACGAACGCGGGUUCUUGGGCAACCCGUCUUCCUUAAUGAUGUCUACUAUGCCUCAGAGAUUGAAGAGAUUUGUCUGGUAGAUGAGAGCCAGUUCACCCUCACCAUGGCCAACCAGGGUACACCGCUUACUUUCAUGCAUCAGGAAUGUGAUGCCAUCGUUCAGUCCAUCAUCCAUAUUCGAACACGAUGGGAGCUAUCACAACCAGACUCCAUUCCCCAGCACACUAAGAUCCGGCCCAAAGAUGUUCCCGGCACGCUGCUCAAUAUUGCUCUGCUCAACCUGGGCAGUUCUGACCCCAGUCUCAGGUCUGCAGCUUAUAAUCUAUUGUGUGCCUUGACUUGCACGUUCAACCUAAAGAUAGAAGGUCAGUUGCUGGAGACAUCAGGCCUCUGCAUUCCAGCCAACAACACUCUUUUCAUCGUGUCCAUCAGUAAGACACUAGCUGCCAAUGAACCUCAUCUGACCCUGGAGUUUCUGGAGGAGUGCAUCUCUGGCUUCAGCAAAUCCAGUAUUGAGCUGAAGCAUCUUUGCUUGGAGUACAUGACACCCUGGCUGCUAAACCUUGUUCGCUUUUGUAAGCACAAUGAUGAUGCCAAGCGCCAGCGUGUCACUGCCAUUUUGGACAAGCUCAUCACCAUGACCAUCAACGAAAAGCAGAUGUAUCCCUCCAUUCAAGCUAAGAUCUGGGGCAGCUUGGGCCAGAUAACAGAUCUGUUGGACGUGGUGUUAGACAGUUUCAUCAAGACCAGUGCUACAGGAGGCCUAGGCUCCAUCAAGGCUGAGGUGAUGGCUGAUACUGCAGUGGCUUUGGCAUCAGGAAAUGUCAAACUGGUCUCCAGUAAGGUCAUCAGUCGAAUGUGUAAGAUUAUAGACAAGACCUGCUUGUCGCCAACACCGACAUUGGAGCAACACCUGAUGUGGGAUGACAUUGCCAUUUUGGCACGCUACAUGCUCAUGCUUUCGUUCAACAACUCGUUGGAUGUUGCCGCCCAUCUGCCAUACCUGUUUCACGUCGUUACGCUGCUGGUGGCAACUGGGCCACUAUCCCUCAGGGCCUCUACUCAUGGCUUAGUCAUCAACAUCAUUCAUUCCCUCUGCACUUGCUCGCAACUCAACUUCAGUGAGGAGACAAAACAGGUUCUGCGGUUGAGCCUGACAGAAUUCUCCUUGCCCAAGUUCUACCUGCUUUUUGGCAUCAGCAAAGUAAAAUCGGCAGCUGUCAUUGCCUUCCGCUCCAGCUACAGAGACCGUUCCUUCUCCCCGGGAUCAUACGAGAGGGAGACGUUUGCCCUUUCCUCCUUGGAAACCGUCACUGAGGCCUUAUUAGAAAUCAUGGAGGCUUGUAUGAGGGACAUCCCAGCCUGUAAAUGGUUAGACCAGUGGACAGAGCUUGCACAGAAGUUUGCAUUCCAGUACAACCCAUCUCUCCAGCCCAGAGCCCUGGUGGUGUUUGGCUGCAUCAGUAAAAGGGUGAGCCAUGGCCAGAUCAAGCAGAUUAUUCGCAUCCUCAGUAAAGCCAGUCCUCUUCUCAGCAUAGACCGGGGUCUUGAGAGCUGUCUUAAGGGGCCCGACAACUACAAUAGCCAAGUAUUAAUUGAAGCCACUGUCAUUGCGCUUACCAAACUGCAGCCUCUACUCAGUAAGGAGUCUCCUAUGCACAGGGCGCUGUUCUGGGUUGCAGUUGCUGUACUACAGCUGGAUGAAGUGAACCUGUAUUCUGCUGGAACUGCUUUGCUGGAGCAGAACCUCCACACCCUGGACACGAUGCAUGUCUUCAAUGAUAAGAGUCCAGAAGAGGUGUUCAUGGAGAUCAGGCGUCCUUUGGAAUGGCACUGUAAGCAGAUGGACCACUUUGUUGGACUGAACUUCAGUGCUAACUUCAACUUUGCACUUGUGGGCCACCUUCUUAAAGGUUACAGACACCCAUCAGCCACCACAGUAGCGAGAACAGUGAGGAUCCUUCACACACUGUUGGCUCUCAUCAGCAAGCAUCUGAAAUGUGACAAGUUUGAAGUCAACACCCAGAGUGUGGCGUACUUGGCUGCACUGCUGACAGUGUCUGAGGAGGUCCGAAGUCGCUGCAGUCUUAAACACAGGAAGUCGCUCCUAAUUUCAGACCUCUCGAUGGAUCCUGUGCCGAUGGACACCUACUCCAGUCUCAUCAGUGAUCCCAGCUGCAGAACACUGCGAGAAACUCAACCAUGGACAUCUCCUCAGGUUUCAGAGCGCUACCUUUCAGCUCACCACUACCCCACAGUGGGUCAAAUUAGCCCACGUACUCGCAAGUCAAUGAGCCUGGACAUGGGGCAACCUUCACAGGCCACUACAAAGAAACUUCUGGGUACAAGGAAGAGUUUCGAUCAUCUCAUAUCGGAUUCCAAAGCACCAAAGAGACCUGAGAUGGAAUCAGGCAUGACCACACCUCCUAAAAUGAGGCGUGUUGCGGAAAAUGAUUAUGAGAUAGAGACACAAAGAAUAGGAAACUCCCACCUCCGCAAGGUGUCUGUCUCUGAGUCCAAUGUUCUGCUGGAUGAGGAGGUGCUGACGGACCCCAAGAUCCAGGCUCUCCUCCUCACUGUGCUGGCCACCCAAGUCAAAUACACCACGGAUGAUUUUGAUCAGCGAAUUCUCUAUGAGUACUUGGCUGAAGCUAGUGUUGUCUUCCCAAAGGUUUUUCCAGUUGUGCACAACUUGCUAGACUCCAAGAUCAACACGGUGCUGUCCAUGUGCCAGGACACCAAUCUCCUGAACCCUGUACACGGCAUCGUCCAGAGUGUGGUGUAUCAUGAGGAGUCUCCACCGCAGUACCAGCCCUCCUAUUUACAAAGCUUUGGUUUUAAUGGACUGUGGAGGUUUGCUGGUCCUUUCUCAAAGCAAACCCAAAUACCGGACUAUGCCGAGCUGAUUGUCAAGUUCUUGGAGGCACUGAUUGACAGCUACCUGCCUGCAGCUGAGGAGGAGCGAGGGGAGGAGCAGCUGCGGACGCCCACCUCACCUUAUCCUCCCACCAGCCAGAGCCAGCUCAGUAUCACUGCCAACCUCAACCUGUCUAACUCAAUGACCUCACUGGCCACCUCGCAGCACUCACCAGGUGUGGACAAGGAGAAUGUCCAGUUGUCCCCCAGCUCAGCUCUGUCCAGCGGGGGUCGCACUCGCCACGGCUCAGCCAGUCAGGUCCAGAAGCAACGCAGCGCCGGCAGCUUCAAGAGACCCAGCAUCAAGAAGAUUGUCUGAUCAGCCGUGGAAUGCUCCUGUCACAGCCCCCUUCCUCCUCUUCUUCCUCUCAUCCCGACCCAUUUGCCGACUUGGCUUCAUGCUGCAUUUUUAUCUUUUUACUAUUUUAAAUCCUCCUCCUUUGACGUAGUUGCUUUUGCAGAGAGGGAAUAUUAGAUCGAGUCCGUUCUCUGCUGCUUGAGAUGAUUUGCGAACAUUCAAGACUGCGUGCGGCGCCGGAGAAGCUGCUGUGUGGACUCUGCUCAGCGCCAGUUUGAUUCUCCUGCAGAGAAGACGGCCACAUGUAAACCAUGACACUAACACUAAUCCAGUCUGGACACUCCCAUGAACAAGGAGGUUCUUUCUGGUCAGAUGAUGCCGUGUGCAGCGACAGAUGGACCACACUUGUCCUGUGAAGAGCCUUCCUCGUCUGAGCAGAUGCCAAUCUCCUUUCGGUGCUUUGCGGAGCCAGAAAGGACGACUCCAGAUAUAAAGAUGUUGGCGUUUUCUCCACUGUGUGCCUUUGUCAGGAUUUUCAGUGUGUACAAUUUGUAAAGUAAACGUCAAACCUCGGUGUGGACACGGAACAGGUACUAAUUACGAAGGUGCAAUGUGGACAUCACAGCAGGCCUGCAGUGGUUGCCAGAUAUACAAUCAUCCAUGUUGCCUGCAAGUAUUUCAUCCUGUACAGUGACACAUUGUAAAUAGCUCUGAGCUGAAUAUGUUUAUUUUUGUUUAUUUUGCCAAAUCUUGUUGCUUUUUUUUGUGUGUGUGUGUGUGUGAUCCGUUUUUCGGCUAUGUACAGUACAAGGAAGAACUUUUUUUUUUAGGCAAAAGUCAUCAGUUUGAUUGAUUUUUAGUUUAUUUUAAUAAUCUAAAUGUACAAUUGGCAUUCUCCACACAGUAUAUUUUAAAGUAAUCCUUGAUUUAUUUGUCGCAAAAAGGCAAUCAUUUAAAUAUGAUACAGUGGAGCCUGCAUAUUCGCUAUUCAGCUUUCACGUCCCCACAAACUUGCUGAUUUUUGGUCCAAACUCGCCCAUUUGUGCUUUUUCUCUCUGAAAUUGUUUUAUCAUUUUGCAGAAAACAAAUCUCAGUCACCCUAAGUUGGUAAUUAUUUAUGAAUACAUGAUAAAUACGGCAUACUUGUACAACAUAAUAAGUCGUCGGUGCAAGAUGGCGGCGCCCUGUGUGGCUACGGAAGCGCUAGUUUCUACAGUCAAUUUAAUUCCAAUCUGGCCUCAAAAUUUGCAGCAAGGUGAUCACAAGUUAAUAUAUAGUAGUAAGUCGUUACAGGAAUUACAACAGGUGAAGCAGUGUGGAUUAUGUAGACGCGGCUUGGAGAAAUGACUUCUCCCGCCUGCUUGCCUGGCGACCAUGCUAAAGACUACACCGUGACUCCCAUCUAUUCAUUUAUUAUCUUACAUUAUCAUUCAUUAGUAAUGACUACUUAUACAUUUUAUAUGUUAAAUGCAUUUAAUAAGUGUUUGAGGCAUAUUUAGGGCUUAAACCUGGAUUGUCGUCCUAUGCAUUUAGCUUAAAUUCCUUUGUCGUGAGUCAACAAUGGCAAUUGAAGAGAGACGGGGAGAGAAGAACGUCAGCGGCAAGCUAGCAGGCGGGUUUGGAGUGGGGGGAGUAACGUACGCCUCCGUGCAGCAGCAUAACUCAGUUUUCAUUAGAACAUCAAAAAUAGACAUUUGGAUGGCCGUUUCAGUUACUCAGAUUUUUUUCGCCGUUCGCAGGUGGCCUUGAAUCAUAACCCACUUGAUGAACCACUGUAGAGGGUGUACCCCGCCUCUCGCCCGAAGUCAGCUGUGAUAGGCUCCAGCAUACCCCCCACCAGCCUAAUAAGGAUAAGCGACAUAGAAAAUGGAUGGAUGGAUGUCGUUAUCUUUUUAAUAUGUUUAAGGAGAUGGGAGUGUCUUUGCGCUUAUGUUCUCUACAUUUAUAGUAUAUUUGGCCAAAAUAACAUUCCCUUGAGAUGUGCCAUAGCUCAACUACCAAUAGCUGAUGUCAUCGUAUUAGAUCCUUAAGUAGUAUAGUAAGGUUGAACACAUAUGGGGGGGAUCAGUUUGAGAUCAUUCUAAUAGGUACAUUUCAAUUGUGGCCUGUGGGCUAUUUUCGGUCUGCAAAUUUCUUUAUUUUUUUAUUUUUUUAAUUGGCCCUUGGCAUAUUCUGAAAAUUAAAUGAAUUCAUUUUUUGCUUUGUCACUUAUAACACAAAAGCUUGAGACGUUUCAUUCGGAUAGCUUAGCAUAUGUUGACCUACAUUGAAUUGGUUUUAGCACUUUUAAUGCACAAAAUGUACCCCCGCAUACUGAAAUGUGUAUGUGGCCUUUGGUGAGAAAAAGUUUGGACACCCCGUUGUGUUGCGUAUACGAGGCAACGCGAUUGAAGCAUCUCGACGUGAUCCUAUAACUACAAAUACAAUGCAGCCACGUAAACAUGGAAUCUUUUUUGUUGUUUUUUUUAAAUAACUGUCAUUCACUUCAAAAAGUACAUCAGCCUCCCAUGUAAAUAUACCUUACCUCUUGUUCUGAGAUUAGCGUGGGAUAUUUGAGGUCACAUUUCCUUUGGUAGGCACAACUAUGUAUAAUGUAUAUAACGAAAUGAAUUGACUGAUGUUGUUAAUCUCCAAAAUGUAUUCAAUCUUUCCCUUGUGACCUGGCAAAAAAUUGUUACUUUUCCCCUUUGUCGCCAUUGCUUCAAUGAAAUUUGCCUGACUUAAAGUCCAAACAUCUUAAACUAAACACAGCCAGGGCCGCUUAGAAGUAGUUUUUUUGUUUGUUUGUUUUUUUUGAAUUUUUUAUGAAUGGCUAUGGUAAGGAUGGCGUGUCCAUAACCUCUUAAUCAAGCGGUUAACUUGCACUAUUUUAAUAACGAUCAUGGGUUUGUCAUGCAAAGCUAAAAAUGUGGCAUGUUUUAUUUGAUGUUAUGCAAAGUUCAUGUCCCUGGUAUUAUUAGUCUUUAGUUUUUAAUGCAGUAUGUGUAACAGCUGUAAAUACUUUAUGUACAAUUUGAGAUGGUAUAUUUACUACACUGUAUAUACAUGUGAUAUUGUAUCAUUUUGUUUUUGUAAAGCAGUUGGUUUCUGUAUAAUAAUAUACAUAUUGAGCUAUUCCAGUGUUAGUAAUAAAAUGUU